AUGUAUCUACAUGUUGUCCACCUUGCCUGUCCAAGGCCCGACAGCUCCGAUGAACUCCGGCGAGGAGUGUUGGUACGGAUUCGGGGUCUCAAAAAAAGCCCACAGCUGAAUGGCCAGUUGGGUCGCUGCGACAGAUUGGAAGCCACUGGGAGAUGGUCCGUGAUUCUGGGAGAUGGAUCUCAAAAGGCUUUGAAAGCAGAAAACCUCUUCUCCUUUGAUGAGUACAUCAAGGUGGCGCAUGAAGGCAGAGUACCGACAGACGUAGGACCUUUCAUGAAUGACUUUCUCACCAAUCCAAAGUACGAUGCUGUCAAGCAGAGCAGCAAAGCAAAGACUCUCACCACACAAGAACUCGUUCAAGCAUCUUACGACAAGGCCCAACGUGAAGGCCGAAGAGCAAGUCCGAGAUUGAGUCAAGAUGACGAAAGGUCGGGACGAUACUCAGCCAUGACAGUCAAGAAGGUGGACCUGCAAGCCGGUUCGAUGGAUCUUGCGAUCAUUGCGCCCAGUGCGCAGGAGCCAAGACCACCGGCACCGUUGCCCACGAUCUUGGCGAUUUCCAGAGGUGAACAGCGUCACGUGGCCAAGCUAUUCCGUGCCCUCCGUGCAGAAGAACACAGAUGGCAGCUGCUGGUCCCAAUGAGAACCAGUCACUCACCAGACUUUUUUGAGCCGGCUGGCGUCACCAUGUUGGAACAGUUUCUUCAGGCGGUGCUCGAUGAUCACAACCGUGACAUCACACCUUUCGCACCGAUGAGCAACGUAUUUCACAUGGUUGGAAUGAGCCAUGGCUCUGCAGCGCUGCUCUCUCUCGCCAGCAAGGCACCUGAUCGCACAGGCUCAUUGAACUUGAUCACGGGUUUUCUGCCUCAAUUCUGCGAGAUCGAGGGACUUCGAAACCUGAAGAACAUCCACUUCUACGUCGGAGAUCAGGACGAGCUUGGCCAUCGCGAGUACUUGAAGGGCAUCAAGGAGUCGUUGAAGGAAGCUGGAGGGCAUGCUCAUAUGCACAUCGUCAAAGGAGCCAGCCACUAUGACAUCAAUGAAUUUAUUGACUUGGAGGAUGUGUGGCAGCGGUUGGAGUUCGCGAGAUGACGUGAUAGCUUUUCGUAGUAGUCGUGAUGCAGCCACUCUUCGUCCAGUUCCUUGUU